AUUAUUAUUAUAAGAUAUAGGAUAUAUAAAGGAGAUAUCCCUUGUGUCGCAGUCUCUUACUUCUCUCUCCGGCAACCGCACCGCACCGCACCAUCUUUCUUUGUCUCCAAUCCAUCGGGCUGCGUUGGGAUGGCGAAGAAGAGAAAAUCGGUGGAGAGUCGUCUUGAUGAAGUGGAUCGUACCAUGUACUCCACUUUCUGCACCACCGCAAAUUCCCUUUCCCAUCUUUACACCCACGCCAUGAAUCAACAAAAACUCUCCUUUCAAGCCGGUGAACGCCACGCUCUCGAGAAAAUGUAUCAGUGGAUUCUCAGACAACAGCAAGAAGGAAUGAGGGUUACUACCAUUGAUAUAGUUUCUCACUUGCAGAAUGAGCUUGAAUAUGGAGCAGAGGAGUCACCAGUGUCCCCAAGGCAGUCUAUUCAACAGAACUCCCAGACUGCAAUGCAAACUAACGUUGGUGCAUCUAUACCCUCUAAUGCAUUUGGAAGUACUGUUGCAGGACAGGGGAUACGUACUGGGCAAACUGAUCAAGCAAAGAACUCUGUAUUCUCAAAUGCACUCUCUAGCCCCAUUCGUCGCAGCCUUCAGCCGUAUCAGUUAGCACAGGGGAGCUGUCAUUCGAGUAAUGUCAUGUCAUCCGGGAAUGGAACCCGGAACAACGAAAUGACAUAUCCUAGUGGCCAGAACAGGGAUACAAAUUCGUCCAACUCCAGUGAUUGCAUGGACAUGCAUGCAGACAGUCCUGGUCAUGAUUUUCCAUACUGAUGGUAUCAUAGUUAGAGUGGGUAACAGUAAAGAGAAUGUCAUUUGUGAGAUCUAUGUUCAUAAAUGGUUGGUGAAAGAUGCUAAAUUUAUUGUGGACAGACUUCAAUGUGUUUGGGUACCAUUGUUUUCCGGUUUGAAGCUUGGAACAUCAGUAUACUUUGUUAGAAGAAAUUAUGAAAGAAAAAAAAAAUGCUGGCCAUUGCAUAAGCAUACAGUCGUACUACUAGUGGGGUGAUAUUUGCUUGGAUUUUGCGAGGUUUAGGUCUUAAAUUGCUAAAAAAAUUAUUCUGAUAUCAAUGUUUGUAUGUAUAAUAUGAUUGUAAUGAUUUAAAAUUACAUGUGAAGGGGAUUUGGAGAUCAACAAUUGGGUUGGAGUUUAACUGUUGGGCUUUUGCAGUGGUCAGGUGUAUUGAUUUUUAAUUUGACUUUUA